GAGAUGUCGUUGGGAGUUCUCGUUUUGUCCGCCAUUGUUGCUGCUCUUUGCAGAAGGGCACGAAGAGACCGAAACACGGUGCCCGGUGUCGCGGACAACUAGGCUAUCCAUUCAUCCAGCAUGCUGUCCAGGCUUGUUAUCGUUUCAGCUAAUGCCCUGAAAGGCAGCUGCCCCCUCGGAGCUGGCCUGGUCCAGGCGUCUCGCUCCCUGCAUUCAUCGUCCCAGAGUCUGGCCCCAGUUCCCCCUCUGCCGGAGAAGGGAGGCAAAGUCCGUCAUGGCAUCAUCCCAGAGGAGCUUUUCCAGCUCUUGUACCCAAAAACUGGAGUGACGGGACCCUACAUGCUGGGCACCGGCCUCAUUGUCUACCUGCUCUCCAAGGAAAUCUACGUCAUCAAUCAUGAGACAUUUGCAGCUGCUUCCAUUGGCGCCGUCAUCAUCUACGGCGUCAAGAAAUUCGGCCCGUCUGUUGCAGCUUUCGCCGACAAACUCAACGAGGAGAAAGUGGCCAAAGCUCAGGAGGUGAAGGAUUUAGCUAUGUCCAGCCUGACCCAGGCCAUCGAGGAGGAGAAGAAGGAACAGUGGCGAGUCGAGGGCCGAGGGAUGCUCUUUAACACUAAGAGGAACAAUGUAGCCAUGCUGUUGGAGACCAACCACAGAGAGCGGCUACACAUGGUGACCAAUGAGGUAAAGAAGCGCCUGGACUUCCAGGUCGCCCUGCAGGAUCUCCAGCGUCGCAUGGCUCAGGAGCACAUGGUCAACUGGGUGGAGAAGAACGUCGUCAGCAGCAUCACGCCUCAGCAGGAGAAGGAGAGUAUCGCCAAGUGCAUCACAGACCUGAAGGCUCUGGCCAAGAACACUCAGGCCAAAGCUGUCGUCUAAACUUUCAGGUCUCCUGCGCGACUUGAACCUCCAACUCAUUGUUCCAAGACGAGACGGGCAUAUUUGUUUCUUUUACAGAAUAAACUAAUUGCCCCUUAAAGUCGUUCUCUGUCACUCUUAUGGGUGUGUACAGUAUUUCCACAUCAGCUGAUAGUCAAAUAAAUGCUUGUCUUUACGCAA